AUGUCAGAAAUAUAAUUCAGCUUAUCUAUUAAGAACAUAGAAUUUGGAAACUAAAAUGAAUAUUUACAUGAUUUAGGAUGCUACUUAAGCCAAAUCUCAGAUUAAGAAGAACGUUUUAUAGAUUUGAUACUUUUUUCUGAUGAAUGCAACAAAGCUAAUUUAUAAUUUUAAAGCUAAAAUUCAUAUAAACUUAGGUUAGUCUUUAAAAGAUUAAGUACUAAUGAGUCUGUUGGAUACAUAUCAUUUUCUGAUUUAUAGCUUCUUUAAAUUCCUAAAUAAACAUAAUAGUUUUAACAGUGGUUCACUCUUUUUGAUAGUUAAAAUGAUGAUGAAUUUGAUGGGGUACUAGGUGAAUCUAAUGAUUAAGAAAAUCCUAGAGUUUUACUUUAAUUUAUUUUAGGGGAAACGAGCAACAUAAUGAAUGAUUUAAGAUAGAGUCAAUAAGAAUAGUAAUCGCUAGUUAUAGAUAAAAUUAGAGAAACAGAUGAGGAACAUUAAGAAAAUUUUCAUUCUUUACAACUUUAGAAAAUAAAAAAGUAAAGUUCAUGUGAAUAAAAUUUUUAAAAAAGAGUAGAAUCUGGGCUGAAAAGAGUAGAAGACGCCUAAAAAGAAUUAUUAAUUAGCGAACAAAUGAGAAGUAAUGAAAAAUGUGAAUAAAUAUUGUAAUACAAAAGCAUUGAUAACGUGAGUUAGAAUUUGUUAGAAAAGUUCAAUCAAAAAAGUAAUUCGUUGCCAGAGUCAUCUGAAAAUUUUUAAAAUGAAAUAAACGAUCUUAACCUCAGCGAUGAAGAUUCUAAUUAGUUUUCAUCUAUUUCCAAAUUAGAUGAUGUUUAGCUCACAUUAACUUCAAAAGAAUAUCAAGACAAAAUAUUACAUCUUUAGAUUAUUUUGAUAAAUUAAGAAAAAGAGCUUGAGAGAAUACAAUAACAAUAUUAGAAAUCAAUAACAGGCUAUUAAAAACACUUUUAAGACUUAAAUGAUGAAAAUGUUAAAAUUAAGAAUAAAUUGAUUGAAUAAGAAUUUGAAUCCAAUCAAAAAUUAAAGAUAUUAGAAAAUUCUAAUAAGUGCUUGAACAAAUAAGUAAGUUAUAUGAAGACUGUAUUGUAAAGAAGAGAUAAAAUUCUUGAAAUAGAGCCUGAUCAAAAAAAAUUAAUUUUAUCAGUAGUUGAUUAAAUAAAUUAACUAUAAAUAAUUUUUUAAAGCUAAGAAAAUGUUCAAAAUAGUGAUAUCAAUAACUCUCCUUCAAAAAUAUAAAAUUUAAAUUGCUUAAAGGAGUAGCUUUCAAGAGUUUCAGAGUUUCUAGAAAAACAAUCAGCAAAAGAAGAAAGCUUAUAACACAAUUUGAAUAAACUUGAAGAAGAAUUAAAGUAAUCAAAUGAACUUCUAGAAUAAGCAUUAAAAUAAGGAGUUGAGAGUUAAUAAACAAUAUAACAAUUAAAUAGUAAAAUUGAGAAAUUAAAUUAAUUUUAAGUUGAGUAACUUGAUGAAUUUAGAGAUAUGAAUGAGCAACUUAAAAAUUAGUAGCAUUUAGUUUAAUAAGAAAAAAUUACUAAAUUAUAACUAGAAGCUGAAGUUAAAGAAUUCAAAGAAAAAAUUAAAGGAACAGAACAAUAAUACAAAGAGCAAAUAUAAAUUUUAUAAAAAGAGAUAGAAUAGUUAAAGCUUAAAUCUUAGAAUAAGAAUGUUAUCGCUUGCUAUAAAGCUAAACUAGAAGAAAAGGAUUAAAUUCAUGCUUAGCUUCUUUAAGAAAUUUAAAAACUUCAAUCUUUGAUGAGAUCCUCUCUUAGUGAAUAUGAGUCAAUAUAAAAGAAUGAUAUUUAAUAGUAUACCAAGGAGCUAGAGAGCUAAAUAGAAUAAUUAAACAAUAUAAUUACAGAAAAAGAUAAGAGAAUAAAUGAGCUUAUAUAUCAAAAUUAAGAUUAGUGUAUCUAAAUAGCAUAAUAAAUUGGCUAAAAGGAAUUUAUUGAAAAUUUGAUAAAAGAGAUUGAUUUAUGCAAGAACAAUCUUGCAUAGCUAGGAAAUUAAAAAGAUAAAUUAGAAAAUAAUAUGAUGUAAUUGCAAUAAGAGUUAAUUAAGAAAAAUGAAUAAAAUAUAAAUUUAGUAUAAAAGUUAGCUAAGAUGCAAAAUUAAUUAAGAUAAACUGUUUCAGCUUAAGAAAAGAUAGUUAGCUAAGCUUCUGUGAUGGAACAAAACUCAGGUUUAUUAUUUUAAGAAAAAGAAUAGUUUAAAGAAAACAGGAAUAACUAAUAUGAAAAUAGCGAGAUAGACAGAAUACUGUAUUAAGAGUAUUCUUAAUUUAAAUUUAUUAAAGUCAAUAAAAAUAUUUACUAGUUUGGAAGUAAGCUUUUAGAUAUUUAAUUAACUAACAAUUCACUCAUUUGCAGAGUUGUUGAUUAGCAAAAUAAUGAGAGAACUAAUCAAUUUAUUUUAUUGGAUGAUUUUAUUAAAUUAGAAAGGCACCCAAUUAACAUAUUCGAUAGCAUAAAAACUUAUAAUAGUUCCUCUAAUGUGAAUUCAUGCUAUCAUCAAAGAAAUUCUUCUUCUUCAAGCUAUUCGUCAAAAGAAAAUCCUAAGCAUCUUUCUGUAUUUACUUCUAGAGAUAAGGAAUAACUUUCUUCUUGUUCAAACACUCAAAGAAGUCUGACAAAUGGUAUUAUAAUAAAAAAGAGUCCUUUACAAGUGAGCAGAAUUUCUUCACAUAAUUCUUAGAGAUAAACUUAAAAUUAAAUUUGA